AUGCCUCAGUCACAUUGCAAGCCCAGCAGACUAUGCAUCCCUUGUAUGAAGGCAGGGUGCAACCGCUGGUUUAGGAAUCGGUCGGGGCAUACUCAGCAUGUGAACGCGAAGCACCCCAUUUUCCUAACACCACCUGCACCAACUCAAUUGCCACCUCAUCCACCAAGCCCUGGGCUUGGCCCCAUGGACUUUGGUAACACCGGUCCCAUGGAUGAUGAAGAUCCUCCGCAAGUAAGGGCGGAAUUCUUUGGCACUGGUGACCAGUUGUAUAGAAAUUAUCACCCUUUCUUGUCCAUACUAAAAAUAUACCUACAUUAUACCUACAUAGCUCGUCCCUGUGAUCCUGAGGGCGUAUUCCUUCCACCAGGAACUCCUCCACCACCACUCACAGAAAAGUCACCGGACGACUGGACUCCCUACAGGAGCUGCGUCGAAUUUGAGCUGGCCGACUACCUAUUUACGAAGAAUCAAACUCCUGCCAAUUCGAUUGACCAGCUCCUGAACAUUUGGUCAGCUUCCUUGAUCCAAGCUGGGGGUAAACACACUCUGUUCUCCGAUCAUCGCGACCUCUACAGGACGAUUGACAAUACUCCCCUCAGCGACAUUAAGUGGCAAUCCUUUUCAGCCAAAUACACCGGCACAAUUCCAGAUGAAGGUGCCCUGCCCUGGAUGGAAGAUUCCCAUGAAGUUUGGUUUCGCGAUCCUCACGACAUGGAUUUUCAACCCUACCGUGAGUUUGCAACAGAGAAUGAUGAACACCAAUGGAAAGAUUUCAUAUCCGGAGAUUGGAGCUGGGCUCAGGCUGACAAGAUAUCCGAAGAUCCUGACACUCAUGGCUCCACAUUCGUGCCGGUCAUUCUUGGAAGUGACAAAACAACCGUUUCAGUUGCCACUGGGCAGAAUGACUACUAUCCACUCUAUGCCUCCAUUGGUAACAUUCAGAAUAAUAUGCGUCGUGCUCAUUGUAAUGCUGUAGUUGUCAUAGGCUUUCUUGCAAUGCCCAAAAGUAAGUGGUCACUUAACCUCAAGCCUGCUAUGACGAAGCCUGAGGUCACACACUUCGGGGAUGGCCAUUACCAUCGCGUGAUCUAUGGGCUUGGACCUUACAUUGCGGACUAUGAAGAGCAGGUGCUGCUCGCCUGUAUAUUUCGAAAUUGGUGCGCCAAAUGUCUUUCACGUCACGGAAACCUCGAUGAUGUCAAUGCCCUAAUCGAAGAGUGCGACUCUGGAACCUUGCAUUCGGAAUAUGGUAUAGUUGGCGAGCUUGUGCCGUUUAUGAACAAUUUCCCCCGCAUUGAUAUUCACAAGUUGCUUGCACCUGACAUUCUCCAUCAGCUCAUCAAGGGGGCAUACAAAGAUCAUUUGGUUGAUUGGGUAAAGAAGUAUCUCCUGCAGACACAUGGAAAGAGGCAAGCUAAUAUUAUCCUAGAUGACAUUGACCGAAGAAUUGCGGCAGUCCCUCCAUUUCCUGGAUUGCGUAGAUUUCCCCAAGGACGUCAUUUCAAACAGUGGACAGGUGACGACUUGAAAGCACUUAUGAAGGUUUACUUGCCUGCCAUUGAAGGAUAUGUGCCAGUGGAUGUCGUGCGUUCCUUCCGGGCAUUACUUGAGUUCUGUUACCUUGUCCGUCGUAACGUCAUCAACGAGAAGUCCCUCUCUGAAAUUGAAGAUGCGCUGACUCGUUUUCAUACAUAUCGUGAGAUUUUCAAGAUGACUGGAGUAGUCACUACUUUCUCACUUCCUAGGCAACACUCUAUGUCCAAACAUAUCAAAGCCGUCAAAGAGCCAUGGAGGCGUUCCGGCCGAUACAAGGCACUAGGACAGAUGCUGCUAACUAAUCAGCAUUUGGAUAAAUUGGCAAUGUCACGGGUGGAUUUCCGUUUUCGUGGAAUGCUUGCAGGUACAUGUGUAUCUGCUGUUCUCGCAUCACUCGAACCAUCAGCAGAUGGACGACCUGCCACUACUAUCUCCCCUGCGCAAAGUGAUGUAGAAGAGCCCCAUACUACUCACUCGGACCAACAAGAACCCAGUAUACCAAAAAGUGCCAAAGGGAAAAAGCGGGCACAAAGUGUCCCUGCACUAGCCAAUGAGCUUGAUAUCCCACAUCUGGCUGAUCUUGUCUCGCAAUUCCUCAUCGGACAACUGUAUCCGGACAAGGACCCUACCGAAGUUCCUGAGAGUAUCAUGGACUGCCCUCAUUUCAAUGGGAGGAUACGGGUCUUCAAUUCUGCAGUAUCAAUGUUCUUCGCACCGAGCAAUUUGAGUGGGAUUGGUGGGAUGAAACACGAGUACAUUCGCGUGUCUCCCAAGUGGAGAACUGGACAUGCAUGCAAAGAUUGCGUGCUUGUCAUUACUGACUCAAAUGCUCACGGAAUGCGUGGCAUGGAUAUUGCUCAGGUACUCACAUUUUUUUCCUUUCGACUCAGGGAUGUACGCUAUCCAUGCACAGUUGUCUGCUGGUUCAACCGAGUUGGAAAUGCACCAGAUGACAAUACCGGAAUGUGGAUGGUAGAGCCUUCCUCUGUUGAUGGUCGCACACACUUUGCGGUGAUCCAUGUGGAUAGUAUUUUCCGUUCCACUCACCUUAUUCCAGUCUACGGUACUGAUAUGCUCCCCCCGGCAAUUAAAUCCCACCACAUUCUCGACAUAUUCACCCUUUUCUAUGUCAACAAAUAUGCUGACCAUCAUGCGUUUGAAAUAGCAGCUUAG